AUGAGCAACUUGCGAACUUUUCGCGUUGUGCUCUCGCGUGAUCUCGAUCCAGAGAUCACAUCAUGGAAUUACACAGUUGCCAACCUCCCGCAGGCCAGGCAGACAAACGCGGCUGGACUUGUCAAGUGCUUUUCCCUUUUUUCUUCGGGAACGGUGCAGGAGAUCGUCCUGCGGUUUGAAAGCGCGCCCUCCAACCGUGUUACACGCAAAGAGCCUUUGGACAGACUCCUCCUUCUUUCGCUGGCGGACUUCCGCUUGCGUUGGCCUUCAAAGUCGCCAGAUGACCCACCACGCGUAGCCACUGGCAGAGAGAACGGCGAUUACGUCACAAGACUACUCACCACCGGCGUUGUACUCAAUGGGAUUCACUACCACUUCUUUGGUCAUUCAAACAGUCAAACGAAGUCCAGAUCUUGCUUCAUGUACGGCGCAUCGAAAGAAGACAUCUCUGCCAAGAUCGAAGCUAUGGGUGAUCUCUCGAAACUCAAGUCCGUAGGCAAGAAAGCAAAACGAAUUGGGUUGCUUUUCUCUAGCGCAGAGGCCGCGCUUGAUCUCCCCCCGGAACGCUGCAGAGACAUCGACGACGUCAAACGCGAUGAUUACGUUUUCACCGACGGAUGUGGUCUGAUAUCUCUUCAACUUGCUCGACAACUGGCCCAGAGACGCAACAUAAUAUUUCGCAAUCAGCGCUACCUACCGUCCGUAUUCCAAAUUCGAUAUCGUGGAUACCAGGACGUAUUGACCUUGGACCCUACCCUUCAGGUCUUUGUGACUUGGGAUCCAGAUAUCAUUCCACGAACGAUGGCACAGCCCGCCCAGUACCCAGGAGGCAAAGAAAUUGUAACUUUCGGCGAAGUGACCGGUGACGCCCGAGCGGAGUACUUUGCCCGAUACACCAGUGCGUCCCUGGGGAAAGUCAAAAAUCUCUACAUGAGAUGGGCGCGCCUCGGUCAUGCCAUGAGCCCGCAAUGUCAACAACUCAAUCGGUUGUUUUCUCAAUGCGUCGAUGGAAACCACAUCCGGAUUCCUGACGACCUCAAGGAAUUCACGAAGUUAGAGGAUCCGUCUGAACCUAAACAUACCGUCGCUCCCUCCAUCUUGGAUGUUCUGCAUGAUGCUUGCACCCAGCUCAUUCUUCAGGCUGACAACACACGACCCAACGACUGCGAUGAAGUCGACGUGAUGGAGUUCUUCCUCGCACGAGACAAGAUGGCGAUGUCUGAAUUCGAAUUACUGCAUCUUCUACUGCGCUGGUGUAAGCAUAGCGGUGAAGACAUCCUCGAAUACAGUCACCAUCUCGAUUUCAGUGCUUUGAGCGAUGAGCAGCAAAUAUGGUUUCUUGGCUGCCUUCCACCGUCUGCAACUGCGCCGAGUUUGGUACGGAACGGGCUUCUCCAGUCAGAACUCGUCACGCCUGACGAGGUGAGCAAGUUUCGCCUAGAUCAGCCGCACCUGCACUGGAAGCCGGUCUUCAGAUCGUCCACCGGCCGUAUGCAAAGAUUCUUGCCUACCGUCUCUCAGGCCUUGGGAAUCUUCCACAAGAAACUCAUCAUCUUGACGGUGGAUGAACGUCUGAGCGUUGCGAUAUACGUACCAAAAAAGAUUGAAAGAGCAAGCGAAGUUCAAGUCGACACCGGCGUCUUAGUCUUCGCUUUCCCCCACUCACAAGGCCUACAUUCACCAAACUACAAAAUGCUACCAACCAAGGCUGACGAUUCGCUCUACCGAAAUGAGAAAAACAAAGGAGACAAACGCAGAGCACACGAGACUACUGUGCGCGACGGACUCAACUUUGACUGCAAAGCUAGCAUUGCUUUGGACAAAGUUGGUCGAGGACUUCAGCAGCAUAUCGGCAAGGUGCAGCAAAAUGGGGUAUUGGGUGCGGAAAUAUAUGUCAUCAGCAACAGAGACAUCAACUCAAUGCGGGUGCUCGACGAGUGGCUUACCUUCGUCGACACUGAUGAAGUCUUACCGCUAUUUGAGAAACCGAACAAGAACUACGAUAUUCCCAGAUUGAGUUCUAAAGACUGGGCAGACUACGCCGAGACAGUAGUUGCCGUGGUUCGCGACAAAGACUUUGCUCACCUCCAAAAACUGAAGUCUGUGUCAGACCUUUCGACCAUCCUUGGUUUGCUCAAUGAUCAUGGUGAAAAGAAGAUGCUUUUGGACACGUUCUCGCAUGUUCUUGCUUUUGAAGCAAGCUCCGCCCUCUCGCUAGACCGGACGAUCGUAGCGUCCACUCUCCUCGACUUCCUACCGAAUGCGGUGUACCUGAUACCCGAAUUCUUCCACUCUCAAACGUGGGAGACUCACAGGUCCUCGUUGGACGAACACCUUAUCCAUCUGGCCUCUAGUCUACUGAGACAUCUCGUCCUUUUGUCGGAGGAGAUGGGUACUUUCAUCCGGCGUUCAAUCCAAAUCCUGUUGCAAGAACUGAAAUGCAUCUCGUCGAGAGAGUUCGCCGACAUCGUGGAGCUCAUUUCGCUUACGGUCCGCUCUUCAGAAACGGCCUUGGAUCUUCUUCUUGGGGUGUUAGAGCCUGAAAGCUCGCGGCUUCUGGUAGGACGGCCGACUGCAAUUCGGCAAUUCACGUCAUCGUUGUUCGGCAUCGCGCUUGACCAUGUAGAUGAAGCAUCUAGUGCUCGCGAGCAAAAGUCGCAAGAGUUUCUCGAGCUGCGCCUGGAUGGCCAUAGCGACGGCUACGCAAUGGUCAAGGGCACACUUCGUAUCGACUCUUCCUUGAAUGGAUUGCUCAAAGCUGGCGAUCACGUUCGUCUUACAACAUCCAAUCCACCGCAGAAUGAUGUUAUCGCAAGGCUCUUCUCGAUGGAUGCUGUUGUGUCAUCAGCUGAACCAGGCAAGGUUGCAUUUCGGUGCCUUCAUCAUCCGCCGUCGUACCUUGGCAAGUGCGCCUGGAGUGUUACGCAGUGUGGAUCUUUCGUUACAAGCAAGACCUCGUUCGACGCUGUAACUACUUUCUACACGGAGCGCGAAGCUUGUAGUGCCAUCUACGCUAAGCUUCUCGGUGUUCCUCCGCCAAACCAAGACAAGUCGAUUGGCAUCGAGCUACCGGUGACUGUCGCCCCAUCACUGAACGGAAGUCAGAAUGCAGCGCUCAUAGCUUCGAUGAAACAUUCAUUGACGUUCAUCUGGGGCCCUCCGGGUACAGGAAAGACUCACACAAUUGUCGUCAUUAUUACCCAGUUGCUGGAAAAAUUGCCCAAAUUACGAUUCCUCGUUACUGCGCCAACACAUAAUGCGGUGGAUAAUAUGUUGAGGAGGUUCGUGGCCUACCCUGAAGCGAAGAAUGGUGGCAUUGUCCCUGUUCGGGUAUCGACGCAGCUUUCCAAAGUCGCUCAGGACUUACGUACAUACACGUGUGACGCCAUGGUCGGCAAAGACCUAAGCGCGAACUUCCCAGCUAGGCGUAAGGCGCAAAAGCGGAUCAAAGAGGCCCGUAUCGUGUUUACUACGUGCACUGGAGCUGCAUUAGGUUUGCUUCGUAAUGAGGCUUUCGAUGUCGUUAUCAUUGACGAAGCCUCACAGCUUACUGAGCCCGCAACCCUGGUGCCUCUUGUCAAAGGGUGUUCGCGUGCGAUAUUAGUUGGAGAUCAUGUCCAGCUUCGCGCCACGGUUCAACAAACUGCUGUGGUAACCGGUUAUGACGUCUCACUCUUUGAACGCCAUUAUAAUCUAGCACCAAGAGAAGGCGUCGCAAAGGUCAUGCUCGACAUGCAGUAUCGCGUGCACCGCUCCAUCUGCGAUUUCAGCUCCUCCGAGUUCUACGACAGUAAACUCCAUACUGCCGUAGCUGACAACGCGCGUCCACUGCCUCCUUCGCUCUUUCCCUGGCCCAAGACAAAUCGUAUGGUUUGGGUUGAAUGCGCUGCACCUGAAGACCUUUUCCAGCAAUCCAAGUCGAAUGCUGGCCAAGGCGACGUCUGCAAACGUAUCAUUCAGCUUCUGAAGGCAUCACCGGCAUCUAGUGGCUCGACUGCAACCCCAAAGGACUCCAUCGAAACCCCUACUAUCGCAAUAUUGACACCGUACACUCGUCAGAAGACUCUGCUUACAACAACAAUUCCGAAUGCUGAAGUCUACUCCAUCGAUAGCUUCCAGGGUCGUGAGGCUGACAUCAUCGUGUUUGUAACCGUUCGGUGCAACGCUCAUUACGCUUUGGGAUUUCUGGAUGACAUGCGACGGCUGAAUGUGGUCAUGACAAGGGCGAAAGCUGGUGUUGUGUUGGUUGGGCACAAAAACACGUUGACAGGUGUAGGGGCGGCGGAGACUGUAGACGAUAGCAAGCUGGUUUGGAGGAGAUUGCUAGAGCGGUGCGAGGUUGUGGAGUUGCCAGCUCAGGCCGAGGAGAGUGGUUCCACUCACUAA